AUGUCCGAGUCAACACCGCGGAAGCGCUCUCGCCUCGCGUGCACAUUAUGCCAGUCGCGAAAGCGAAAAUGCUCCGGUGGACAACCCUGUAGCACUUGCGCCCAAACUGGCGCUGAGUGCCAAUACAGCGCGCACAAGAAACGCGCCAGGUCACAUAGCUUAUACCGGACAAGUCUAUCUCUCGAUGAACGGCUUCCAGAUGGCUAUUCUAAUCCAAUUCCAAACCCCGCCCCUGCUGGGAGUACCACCCAAGCCUCCCCCUGCCAACCAGGUGGCUCGGCAGAGUUAACCUCGAUACAAGCGAAUUCGGGGGCAGCUUUCGUUCGCAAGUUGGGGUUGCGAAUUGACCCGGCCCAUGCACCGAGACUGCACCUGUUCGCGUGGAAUGUUGGCGAGAGACGCCUAUCACCAUCAUUGCCUUCGUCGCUGUCUUCGAUACCCGCGGUCUCAUCGCCGGCGAGCAUUACGAGAAUCAUAUCGCAAGAGGAGAUGCGGCGAUUGACAACAAUAUACUUUGAGAAGGUCGAUCCAUGCUAUGCAUUUUUAGACCGGAAGGUCGUCCUUUUACGAGUCGCCAAACGCUGGGAGCUCUCACAAUCGCCCACUGACUCGCCAGAAAACUCCUAUGAUGCUGUUCUAUGCGGCAUCGCGGCCUUUGGGUAUCUGUUCUCGCGGCGCGAGAUCAUAAACUCCGAACUCCAACUGAUCGAGACUGCACGGAAUAUUCUAGACAAGAGCAUCCUCACCGCUGAAAUGCCAUCAAUUGACACAGUGACGGGCUGGGUGUUGCGCGCUGCAUAUCUACGCAUGACAGCUUCACCGCAUGCAGCAUGGAUGGCCAGCUGCACACUGAUGCACCUGAUUGAAGCGGCAGGAUUGCAUCUCGAGACCCUAGACCCAGAGACAGCGGGUCUCCUGCCCGCGUCGCCGGCCGAUACGCAAGAUAGUAACGAUACGCAUACCGGCGAGAGUACUAAUAACCCCGAAACUCGACGGAGACUUUUCGGCAUGGCACGCCAUCUCAAUACAUGGAUCUCCUUCGAUCUGGGUCGCUCUCGGGUCAUUCUACAUGGUGCCACAACACUCUCGCCCACAGCACCCACCUCUCGCAAACCAUCCAACCCACCAGCCCGAGCACCUCGUGCAGACCUUUUCCACCUCCUCCCACUUUCCGAGAGCCUAGACCCAACAGGCCCAUCCCCCCAAGACCUCCCAGAACUUGAGCUGGCCCUCACCUCUGUCCUCGACCUCAUCUACUCCGAGCCAUCCCUCAUUCUUGUCCAAUGUAACUUGAUGCUCUGUAUAUACCGAAGACUCCGCGCCCUCAACCCCCACGGUCCUCUCUCCUCUCACCUUCUCGAUCGUGUUCUCGCACUUGCAGGCCGUGGCCUCCGAGCCGCACGGGGAAUGGUGGCUUCCACCUGUCCUUGGCACCAAGUUGCCAACGUCCCCUUCCAAGUAGUCUGUUCCCUCCUAGCCAUUGACAACCGAGCAGCAUUAGCACUGCUCACCGAUGCCAUGCGGACACUCCGCGAAGUUCUUGCCGCCUACGACACAGCCUCCAUGCGCGAGGCGUACUCAACCGCUUACUUGCUGAUCGCCUUACACCAACGGAGAAAGGAAGAUGAUACCCGUGCUCUUGCAGAGGUUUUGCAUGCCAAUUCCGCCGCCGCUGCGCCGGUGGCAGAUCUGGACAAGUCGACCCUGGACCCACAGCCUCCUGUGGAGGAAUCGGGCCGUGAUAGGGCACACAUCCAGAUACCGAAUGAGGCAGCGCCGAUGUCUGAUACUGAGUUCUCGUGGUUGGGUGAUCUCAUGAUUGAUAUGCCCAGUUUGCAAAACUUUGAUUUGGAUCAAUUUUUACUGACUGAUGUUCCGUGGCCACUGCCUGAAAUGGGGAUAUAA